GCGACAUCAACGUCGAACUUCCAGCCUUGAGUGAUUUUAAACCCCGCGGAAGAAAUCAACAAUAAUAAAUUCUUACAAAAUGUCGUCCACAAUACCACGAUUCUUCUCUCAACCUUUUCGCUACAUGCGAUGGGCAGCCAUUGAAAAGCCCGCUAUCUUCUUCUCCAUAGUCGUCGGAAGCAUUGGACCAGUUCUCGUUCUCACAGUACCAAAGAUCCGUCACAGACUCGGGGAUGGGCCAAGACCGCAGAUCCCUUUGACAUAUCCAAUGCCUUCUGGACCAAGAAAACCUUUGAGUGGUUACGAUGACGAGUAAAGUUCUAUGGAGGCCAGGAAGGUUGUCGGACGAAACAAUCGUGUUUGUACAUAGGAAUGGCGUCAAUGAAUCGAGGGAAUACCUUUACAAAUGAUAUCGUAACGCACUGGCAAAACAAUACGAUGAUUUAGUCCGAAUUAGUGCGACUGUUCAGCGGGAAAACUUGAGGUAGGGUAUCAUAUUUGCAUUUCUAGUGGAAGACGAAAGAUUGAUCUUUUACCCCUGCCUCAAAAAAUGAUCGCAUUUCCCUUUUGGCUAUGGACGACUAGAUGCUUUUUGUCAAGAGCCCAGAUACAAAAUCUAGGUAUAAUAAAUACCAUCUACUGGCUAUUGAUGUGAAGAAUAUCAUAACUGUUCGCAAGUGCUUUCCUCGAAUUCAUUACUCUGUACCGUCGUUCUUAA